UCAUCUGGACGUCUCGAAGCUUCUCCCUGUCCGAAACCCUUGGUAGCAUUCUAGGGCGGUUUUGGCGACAAAAGCUUCUUCUUCCUUGCGGCAUUCUUCUUCGUCCCAGCGGUGCCGCGAGUGGAAAUAGUGCAUCCUAGCGCUCCUGGCCGGAAUGGCAGCUACAGUGGGGAGCAUUUCGUGCGCCGGCGCUUCGCUGCUGCUCAGCAGCGCGAGCGGGAAGUAUUCUUCGAAUCAGCAGGCUUGUUUCCGGAAGCUCAAGGGGGAAUUCGCCGCGCUCUCUCUCUCCAUCGAUUCAGUGGCCGGCAGCAAAUCCUCGGCUGCUAGUCGACUAUCAGCCGGUGUGGCGAGAGCUGCCGUGACUGCUCCUCCAACGCAGUACAAAACUUUGAAGCCUCUUGGCGACCGCGUGCUUGUCAAGAUCCAAGCCUCGGAGGAGAAGUCCGAUGGUGGAAUCAUUCUUCCCACGACCACGCAAACCAAGCCUCAGAGUGGAGAAGUAGUCGAAGUUGGCGAAGGGAAGAAAAUUGGCGAGAAGAGCGUUCCAUCUUGUGUGACGGUCGGAAACACGAUCGUUUACUCAAAGUACGCCGGCACGGAGAUCCAGUUCAAUGGUGCUGACCACAUCCUCCUCAAGGAGGACGACGUGAUUGGGCUGCUAUCCACCGAGGACAUCAAAGAUCUCAAGCCUGUGAAUGACAGGGUCCUGAUCAAGGUUGCAGAGGCUGAGGACAAAACGGCUGGUGGAGUGCUUUUGACAGACAGCGUCAAGGAAAAACCAGUGAUCGGAGAGGUGGUCGCCGUCGGUCCUGGAUCUUAUGGCGAAGAUGGAACCCGGAAGCCGCUAGAAGUGUCGAUCGGUGACAAUGUUCUCUACUCUAAGUACGCUGGAAACGAGUUUAAGAACAAAGACAACAGCCAGUACGUAGUGAUGAGAGUGUCCGACUUGCUCGCGAUCUUGUCCUGAUCGAUCGAGAGAGCUGACUCUCCGGCCUCCUUUUUUUUGUUCUCCAUCUCUCGACGAGCUAGCUAGCUCCUUCUGGCAAAAACGUGUGUAGGAUUUGCGAGACCAUGGCUGAAAGCUCGGGUCGUCGUCUAAAAGCAAUAGAAUAAGAAAUGUCAUACAGCU